AUGGCCGGGACGUACAGCUCCACUCUGAAGACGCUGGAGGACUUGACCUUGGACUCCGGGUAUGGGGCCGGAGACUCGUGCCGCUCGCUCAGCCUCUCGUCCUCCAAGUCCAACUCGCAGGCGCUCAACUCUUCGGCGCAGCAGCACCGCGGGGCGGCCUGGUGGUGCUACUCCGGCUCCAUGAACAGCCGCCACAACAGCUGGGACACGGUGAACACGGUGCUCCCCGAAGACCCCGAGGUGGCCGACCUCUUCUCGCGCUGCCCGCGGCUUCCCGAGCUGGAGGAGUUCCCCUGGACCGAGGGAGACGUGGCCCGGGUGCUCCGCAAAGGCGCCGGCGGCCGGCGGCUGCCCCUGUUCUCCGCCGAGGCGGUGAGGCGCCUGGCCGGGCUGCUCCGCAGGGCGCUCAUCCGCGUGGCCCGUGAGGCGCAGCGCCUGAGCGUGCUGCACGCCAAGUGCACCCGCUUCGAGGUGCAGAGCGCCGUGCGCCUGGUGCACAGCUGGGCGCUGGCCGAGAGCUGCGCGCUGGCCGCUGUCAAGGCGCUGUCCCUGUACAGCAUGAGCGCCGGCAACGGGCUGCGCCGGGGCAAGUCGGCGCGCUGUGGCCUCACCUUCUCGGUGGGCCGCUUCUUCCGCUGGAUGGUGGACACCCGCAUCUCCGUGCGCAUCCACGAGUACGCGGCCAUCUCGCUCACCGCCUGCAUGGAGAACCUGGUGGAGGAGAUCCGGGCCAGGGUACUGGCCAGCCAGAGCCCCGACGGCGGAGGGGCCGGAGGCGGGGAGGUGUCCGCUGAGGCCCUGGAGAUGGUCAUCAACAACGACGCCGAGCUCUGGGGAGUCCUGCAGCCCUACGAGCAUCUCAUCUGCGGCAAGAACGCCAAUGGUGUCCUCUCCCUCCCCGCGUACUUCAGUCCCUACAACGGCGGGUCCCUGGGCCAUGACGAGCGAGCCGAUGCCUACGCUCAGCUGGAGCUCCGGACCCUGGAGCAGUCCCUCCUGGCCACCUGCGUGGGCAGCAUCUCGGAGCUGAGUGACCUGGUCUCCCGCGCCAUGCACCACAUGCAGGGGCGCCACCUCCUGUGUCCAGGCACCAGCCCCGCCCGCCAGCCCCGCCAGCCGCCGCAGCCCAUUACCUGGUCCCCCGAUGCCCUCCACACACUCUACUACUUCCUGCGGUGUCCACAGAUGGAGUCCAUGGAAAACCCCAACCUGGACCCCCCAAGGAUGACCCUGAACAAUGAACGGCCCUUCAUGCUGCUGCCGCCCCUGAUGGAGUGGAUGCGCGUGGCCAUCACCUACGCGGAGCACCGCCGUAGCCUUACCGUGGACAGUGGCGACAUACGGCAGGCAGCCCGGCUGCUGCUGCCUGGCCUGGACUGCGAGCCCCGGCAGCUCAAGCCUGAAUGCUGUUUCAGUUCCUUCCGGAGGCUGGAUGCCCGGGCAGCUACCGAAAAGUUCAACCAGGAUCUGGGUUUCCGCAUGCUCAACUGUGGGAGGACAGAUCUCAUCAACCAGGCCAUCGAGGCCCUGGGGCCGGAUGGGGUAAACACCAUGGACGACCAGGGUAUGACGCCACUGAUGUACGCCUGUGCUGCUGGGGACGAAGCGAUGGUCCAGAUGCUGAUUGAUGCUGGGGCAAACUUGGACCUCCAGGUUCCAAGCAAUUCUCCCAGGCACCCCUCCAUCCACCCUGACAGUCGGCACUGGACCUCGCUGACGUUUGCUGUGCUGCACGGACACAUCUCUGUGGUCCAGCUGCUGCUAGACGCUGGUGCCCACGUGGAGGGCUCGGCAGUGAACAGCGGUGAGGACAGCUACGUGGAGACACCCCUGCAGCUAGCGUCUGCGGCUGGGAACUAUGAGCUGGUCAGCUUGCUGCUGAGCCGUGGCGCUGACCCCCUCCUCAGCAUGCUCGAGGCCAACGGCAUGGCCUCCCCGCUGCAUGAGGACAUGAACUGCUUCAGCCACUCAGCCGCCCACGGCCACAGAAACGUCCUAAGAAAGCUCCUGACGCAGCCGCAGCAGGCCAAAGCAGACGUGCUGUCCCUGGAGGAAAUCCUGGCCGAGGGCGUGGAGGAAAGCGAUGCGUCAAGUCAGGGCAGCGGUGGCGAGGGGCCUGUGCGGCUGAGCCGGACCCGCACGAAGGCCCUGCAGGAGGCCAUGUACUACAGCGCCGAGCACGGCUACGUGGACAUCACCAUGGAGCUGAGGGCGCUGGGCGUCCCCUGGAAGCUACACAUCUGGAUCGAGUCUCUGAGGACCUCCUUCUUCCAGUCACGGUACUCGGUGGUGCAGGGCCUCCUGCGGGAUUUCAGCUCCAUCAAGGAGGAGGAGUACAAUGAGGAGCUGGUGACCGAGGGCUUGCAGCUCAUGUUCGACAUCCUCAAGACCAGCAAAAACGACUCCGUCAUCCAGCAGCUGGCCACCAUCUUCACCCACUGCUACGGCAGCAGCCCCAUCCCCAGCAUCCCAGAGAUCCGGAAGACCCUGCCGGCCAGGCUAGACCCUCACUUCUUGAACAACAAGGAGAUGUCAGAUGUGACCUUCCUGGUGGAAGGAAAGCUGUUUUAUGCACAUAAAGUCCUGCUGGUGACAGCUUCCAACAGGUUCAAGACACUGAUGACCAAUAAAUCAGAGCAAAAUGGAGACAGCAGCAAAACCAUCGAGAUCAGUGACAUGAAGUACCACAUUUUUCAGAUGAUGAUGCAGUAUCUGUACUAUGGAGGGACAGAAUCCAUGGAAAUCCCCACCACUGACAUCCUGGAGCUGCUGUCGGCUGCCAGCCUGUUCCAGCUGGAUGCCCUGCAGAGGCACUGUGAGAUCCUGUGCUCCCAGACUCUCAGCGUGGAGAGUGCCGUGAACACCUACAAAUAUGCCAAGAUCCACAAUGCCCCAGAACUGGCGCUGUUCUGUGAGGGCUUCUUCCUCAAGCACAUGAAAGCCCUGCUGGAGCAGGACUCCUUCCGGCAGCUCAUCUACGGCCGCAGCAGCAAAGUGCAGGGCCUGGACCCCCUGCAGGACCUGCAGAGCACACUGGCCGAGCGAGUGCACUCUGUCUACAUCACCUCCCGGGUGUGAGGCGGGUGCCAAGGGCGGCUGGUUGAGGCCCUCUUGGAGCCAGGCUCAUGGGGCUGUUUCCCCCUCCUUCCCCAGAUGCUCUCUCUGGUGUUGAUCUGUCCUUGGGUAGGCACAUGUGCCCUGAGCCCCCGCAUCAUUGGGCAAUCCCACCCUCAACCCCUCUGUCCCAGAGCCAACCAUGUGUUCGACCAGUGAUGGGUGAAGGGGGGAUGUGGCAAAAAGUUGGCCCCUCUCUCCACGCCCCCUCCCUCACCAUGGCUAGCCACUGUGCACUCGUCCUGUGUGCCCUGUCCCUCCUGCGGGUCAGCAGCUGGUCUUGAUCCACCUGCCCCAGCUCCUUCUGAUCACGCCUUCUAAGCUUUGCCACCUCAAGGGCUUAGUAAGCUAAGCCUAUCCAAUGGGGGCUCUUGGGAGUGUGGGUGUCCUUUUGAAUGUAUAGAAUGUAUGCUGUCUGGGCCCCAGGCCACUUAAUUCCAAGCUAGCAUUUGUCUUCUAAAUGUCACAUAAGAAAGGCUGUCCAAGUCCCUGGACUUACUCAAGGCUGUGCCUUUGAAAGGUUGACAUGGGCCUCCAGGAGGCCUGGGGAUCCCUGCACAGAUGGCCACAUUGAGUCUGGGCCUACAGAGGUCCUCCCUUUGGGACUGCCAGCUUGCUCACUUGGUGGCUUCUGAGCCAACGGUGGCGUGGGAGUGCCAGGAGUACAAUGCAGGAGACUGGUGGCCUCAGCUCUUGUUGCUGCUGUUUUUAGAGGCCAAAGUCAAGGGGUCACUUCUGAAACCUCAGGCCUAGGCUCAGGAAGCAGAACCUAAACAUCCUCCCUGGUCGUCUCUGAAGUGAAAGUUUCCUUUAAUUUAGAACUGGAAAACUGGGCAAACACUCACCACUGGGAGCUGUGGCUCUUGGGGAUAAAGGACAGGGCACUGGGGGUGGAAGGGCUGGGAGAAGAGGACAUUCUGCUGUGCCCCCUCCCCUACCUACGUUGUGUUCUUUAGGCCCUGGGCUCACCUGGAGUGGAGGUGCAGCAUCAGGUCCAAUACCUGUCGUACUUAUGGGCCAGACACUGGGCAGCAUCGAGGACAGCUCGCCCUGGGUAUAGCCUUCUUCAGCUGUCUGGCCGCACCUUAGAAACUAUUUAUUCAUCCAAAGCCCCAGGCAUUUCAGGAGGUGUCACAUCAGUCACUUUGAAAAGCCCCUGGGCACUUGCAAUCCUGGAAAAUAUUUUUGACUAGCCGCUUGAGCUGGCUGUACAAAGGAUAGGCGUUAUUUUAUUGCUGUAAUAUUGUAUGAUACUGUAACUGUACAUUAAUGUUGUCACCUACUGUAAAUGUACCAUGGUUUUAUUAACAAUAAAUACUCAUUAACAAUGA